UGCGCAAUCCUGUGUGUGAGUUUCACUGUAACGCUGCCUCCUGCAACUACAACUCGCCCUUCUGUCUCCUGUCACAUCUCCUUUCCUCUUCCCACUUCCCUUAUGUGCGGCGCUCAUACAGUUAAAGUCGCACACCCCCAUACGGAAUUGGUUUCGACUCAUUUAAAGGGACAGUCCCACCCGGUGCAGUGAAAUCAGCCCAGCAAGUGUGUAAUACCGAUUACCAAUCGGGUUACGGAAUUUGGCACGUGAGGCAUGGACACUUACCUACAUGCACAAUUACCGGCACCUGCAGUGAUGCUUUGAGUAUGUCCCUUGUCUGUGCUGCAGCUGCAGGAGGAGGAAGUGCGGGGAGUUGUUAUAGAAAUGCAGGGGAAUUCCAGUUGCUUCAGUUUACAAGUUCAAGUUUCUCUCUGUGGCCAUUGCCAGUGUAUCCAGGGCAUGUAUAUAUGUGAUGGGCACGGUUUCUUUGCGCUUACCCGCUGGACUCUCUCAAGCAGGUAUGAGGCUCCUCCCACUGGCCGGAACCCCCAGACACCCCAGGCUUGUGUAAGUCACAUGGCCUCGGCAGUGGCAGCAGCAGUGUCUGUCUCUCCGCAGGGAUCACUGGACCUGAACCAGCCGGGAUUUAAAAAAGAGAUUCUGGGCACCAAGCUUGAAGUGAAAUAUCUGUGUUCUGACUGCAAGAAUUUAUUACGGAGACCCCUCCAAGCCCAGUGUGGCCACCGCUACUGCUCCCAUUGCUUCAGCAAAAUUAUCAGCUCUGGGCCCCAGAAGUGCGCUGCGUGUAUCCAGGAAGGGCUCUAUGAGGAUGGUGUCUCCAUGCUGGAAAGUAGCUCCGCGUUCCCAGAUAAUGCAGCACGACGAGAGGUCGAGAGUCUUCCCGCCAUUUGCAAUAACGUCAACUGCACCUGGAAAGGAACCAUCAAAGAAUUUGAGGUUGGCCAUGAGGGGAAGUGCCAGUUCAUGUUAGUGCCAUGCCCUGUGUGUAAAGCCCUGAUCCGUGCUAUUGACAGGGACUUGCAUAACGAGAGAGAGUGCCCGGAGCGCAAGCUAAACUGCCGAUACUGCAAGUUGUCAGUCUACUUUCCUGACAUUAAGGUUCAUGAUGAAAUCUGCCCCAAGUUUCCCAUGACGUGCGAAGGCUGCGGGCGUAAGAAGAUCCCGCGGGAAAAGUUUCAGGACCACAUUAAAGGUUGUGGCAGGUGCAAAGUGCCGUGUCGAUAUGCAGCAGUUGGUUGUGCCGAGAUGGUGGAGAAUGAUAAGUGUCUGGAACAUGAAAACAAAUUCUUGGCCGAGCACUUGGCCAAAGUGUGGGACUAUAUUCAGCGAGACAUAAAGGAGCAGAAAGACUUGUUACUCCGUGUGGGAUCGCUGUCCGUGCAGGGCAGCUCCACUCCAGGGCACAACGCGCUGCCAGUGCCGCCCAACGACUCGACCAAGGUCAAGGAAAUUCUGCAGAAGUUGGACACCCUGGAUAAGAAAACUACAACAUUUGAAAAAAUUGUGAGUGUCCUGAACGGAAAGGUGGAAUGGUCGUCACAUGCGACUGAGGAGCUCAUGAAACAGCUUUUGGCUGCACAGGAGAAAGUGGAGUCUUUAACCAACAAGGUGCGACAGCUGGAAUUCACUUUGGGGCAGAAGGAACUGGUUUUAGCAGAAAUGGGAACUCGGAUGCAGGAGUCAGAAUUCUCCACCUACGAUGGGGUGUUUAUUUGGAAAAUCUCUGAACUCGGCAAAAAGAGACUCGAUGCCACAAGUGGACGAUGCCCCGCCAUAUUCUCCCCACCUUUUUACACUAACAAGUAUGGCUAUAAGAUGUGCCUGCGAAUCUACCUGGAUGGAGACGGGACUGGGCGGGGAACGCACAUCUCUCUCUUCUUCGUGGUGAUGAAGGGGAUCACUGAUGCUUUGCUGCGCUGGCCCUUUAACCAAAAGGUCACGUUGAUGCUGCUGGACCAGAACAAUCGCGAGCAUGUGAUUGACGCCUUCAGACCCGAUGUUGCAUCUUCCUCUUUCCAGCGGCCGGUCAGUGAAAUGAAUAUCGCUAGUGGGUGCCCGCUUUUCUGCCCGCUGUCCAAGUUGGACACAAAAAACGCUUACAUCCGGGACGACGCCCUCUUCAUAAAGGUUAUAGUGGAUCUGACUGGGCUGUAGGGUGGUGGGUGAUACAGUGGCUCCCAGAUGUGGCACAGAAUAGUGGAUCUGGUUCUGCUGAUUCUGCUAGUGGAUCUGUUGCAGAGAGGCAGUGUCUGUUUUCUGGACCCUAUGAAGUCACUUGUCACCCAGUUAGUCGCAGGCAUUUCGACUCUCCUUGAAUGGGGGAUUUAGUUGCAUCAGUUGCUGCUUUUCGUGGAGAAAGAACAGUUUCUGGAAAACUUGUUGAAUUCAACAAAUGUGGGUUUUUUUGGUGCACAGGCACACAAUGGGGCUAAUUUAUAAACACUGGGACAAAUUGCUCCUGGGCAGUAACCCAUGGCAACCAAUCAGAUAACUGAAAGAAGCUAAUCACUGAUUGUUUGCUAUGGGUUACUGCCCAGGUGCAAAUUUGACAGUGUUUAUAAAUGGUCCCCAUUGUCUAUAACAAAUCCUUCUUUUCCCCCCCUCCCACUUUCCAACACCCAGGGGGGUAACACGUUACCUCCGUGAAGAAGAGAACCCCAGUUCUGCUCUAAGAAACACCAGGUGCAGGUCAUUAUGACAAUGCUUUAAAGCAACUCUCAUAGUAUUUAGAUGAAGCCAAUACCCAAAAUAACAGAUAAUGAUCCAAACAUCAGAUGAUGCAGAAAACCAGCUUUCCCUAGAGGUUAGGCAAGCGCUUUCAGGUUGUGGUCCAGUGUGGACAGAUAGAGAGGCAGACAUUGACUAGAAAGGUUUCAGGAGAUUCAGGGGGUUGUGAAAGCUGCAAUUGAGGUAACGGAGCAAAUCUGGCUGCUCACAUGGGCUGAGACUGGGGUUAUUAGG